GAGGAGCCGCGGUGGAGGGCGUCUUGCUCCCCCGCUCGCUCCUGCUCGCCCGCAGGUCGGCGCGCUAGCCCAGCUGAGCGGCUACCAGCGCUGCGGGGCGGCCGGGCUGCACGCGCACCCGCCAACUGGGAAGCGGAGACACAGCUAGUUCGAGCUUCGGGAUGAGGAGCGGGCGAAGUUGACUAGCCCCCCCACCCACGCUGCGCCUCUGCGGCGCAGAGGUGCGCUGCCCUCUCCAGGAGGUGCCCGCGCACGGCUCUGCUCCAGGUGUGCACGGGACAGCCCGCCCCCGAGACCUGCAAACUUCACCCCAAGUCCAAAGUGUGAGCUCCGAGGGCGGUGCCGGGAGCCGGACUCCGUGUAGGGAGAGCUGUCCUGGCGGCUCUCGCGGCCGUCGGAGGGCGGAGACCGGUGGAAACUUUAUCACCAUCAUCGUAGUUACUACGGUUUACUGUUGUUCUCCCCGCAGGGGCUGCAGCGAGAGCUCUGUCGCGCCUGUUUAUUUGCCAGAGGAGCCGCCCCGGGGAGAAGACUCGGAGGGGAGUUGUCUCCCCAAGGGAUACCUGCAACUCAGGCGGGGGGUUUGGGCGGCCUGGAUGCGCAGAGCCCAGCCCCGCAGCCGCUGACGCCGGGCGGCGGCGAAGUUUGGCUGCUGAGCGGCGCGGCGCAAGGCCACUGGACAGCGGGCAGCCAGGCGGCAGCGGGAGCGAUGCCGGUUGGGGGCCUGUUGCCGCUCUUCAGUAGUCCCGCGGGCAGCGGCCUGGGCGGCGGCCUGGGUGGGGGGCUCGGCGGUGGCAGGAAGGGGUCCGGCCCCGCCGCCUUCCGCCUGACGGAGAAGUUCGUGCUGCUGUUGGUGUUCAGCGCCUUCAUCACGCUCUGCUUCGGGGCGAUCUUCUUCCUGCCGGACUCUUCCAAGCUGCUCAGCGGGGUCCUGUUCCACUCCAGCCCCGCCCUGCAGCCGCCCGCCGACCGCAAGCCCGGGCCCGGGGCGCGCGCCGAGGACGCGGCAGAUGGGCGAGCCCGGCGCGGCGAGGAGGGCGCGCCCGGGGACCCCGCGGCCGCCCUGGAGGACAACUUGGCCAGGAUCCGUGAAAACCACGAGCGGGCUCUGAGGGAAGCCAAGGAGACCCUGCAGAAGCUGCCCGAGGAGAUCCAAAGAGACAUCCUGAUGGAGAAGGAGAAGGUGGCCCAGGACCAGCUGAGUAACAGGGUGGGGUUCAAGAUGCUGCCUCCAGUGGACUUAGCACCACUCGUUGGGGCGAUUGACGGGGAGCCUGCCGACGCCGCCAUCCGCGAGAAGAGGGAGAAGAUCAAAGAGAUGAUGAAACAUGCUUGGAAUAAUUAUAAACGUUAUGCCUGGGGAAAAAAUGAACUGAAGCCUGUAUCAAAAGGAGGCCAUUCAAGCAGUUUGUUUGGUAAUAUCCAAGGAGCAACAAUAGUAGAUGCCCUAGAUACACUUUUUAUUAUGAAAAUGAAAGACGAAUUUGAAGAGGCAAAAGCAUGGGUUGACGAAAAUCUAAAUUUUAAUAUGAAUGCUGAAGUUUCUGUUUUUGAAGUAAAUAUACGCUUUGUCGGUGGACUAAUCUCAGCUUACUACCUGUCUGGAGAAGAGAUAUUUCGAAAGAAAGCAGUGGAACUUGGGGUAAAAUUGCUACCUGCAUUUCAUACUCCCUCUGGAAUACCUUGGGCAUUGCUGAAUAUAAAAAGUGGGAUUGGAAGGAAUUGGCCCUGGGCCUCAGGAGGCAGCAGUAUUUUGGCAGAAUUUGGAACUCUGCAUUUGGAGUUUAUACACUUGAGCUACUUAUCAGGAAACCCCAUCUUUGCUGAUAAGGUAAUGAAUAUUCGAACAGUACUGAACAACCUGGAAAAACCACAAGGCCUUUAUCCUAACUAUCUGAAUCCCAAUAGUGGACAAUGGGCUCAAUAUCACGUAUCAGUUGGAGGACUUGGAGACAGCUUUUAUGAAUAUUUGCUAAAGGCAUGGUUAAUGUCUGACAAGACAGAUCUACAAGCUAAGAAGAUGUAUUUCGAUGCUAUUAAGGCAAUUGAGACUCACUUGAUCCGGAAGUCACGUAACGGACUGACUUACAUCGCAGAAUGGAAAGGGGGCCUCCUGGAACACAAGAUGGGCCACCUGACCUGCUUUGCGGGAGGCAUGUUUGCCCUCGGGGCAGAUGACGCUCCUGAAGGCCUGACCCAACACUACCUUCAACUCGGGGCUGAAAUUGCCCGUACCUGUCAUGAAUCUUACAAUCGCACAUUUGUGAAACUGGGACCAGAAGCUUUCAGAUUCGAUGGCGGUGUUGAAGCCAUUGCUACGAGGCAAAAUGAAAAAUACUACAUCCUAAGGCCAGAAGUUGUUGAGACUUACAUGUACAUGUGGCGACUGACUCAUGAUCCAAAAUACAGGAAAUGGGCCUGGGAAGCUGUAGAGGCCUUGGAGAAACACUGCAGAGUGAAAGGAGGUUAUUCAGGCCUCAGGGAUGUUUACUUCCACAAGGAGAGCUAUGAUGAUGUGCAGCAGAGUUUCUUCCUGGCAGAAACACUAAAAUAUUUGUACUUAAUAUUUUCUGAUGACGAUCUACUUCCACUGGAACACUGGAUCUUCAAUACCGAGGCACAUCUUCUCCCUGUACUCUCUAGGAAUAUAAAGAAAGUUGAAGUCAAUGAGAAAUAAAAAGACAUUUUAUAUUUUACUCUCCUCCAUUCCCUUCACUGCAUACCUUAAUAAUUCCUUUUCUGGUGAUCAGGCAUAUGAUGAAUUUUUAUUAAUAGGUCUGUGAUUAUUCUAAGUUUUAAAAUUGUUUUGCAGUCUUUUAUGUUUAUUAUCAUAGGCAUAGAUGGACCUAAAUUCCUUAUUGUAGCCUUUAUUAUUCAUUCAGUGAAUCACAUGGUUUUUUGUUUGUUUGUUUGUUUUAAGUAAUCUUUUAUCUCUGGAGUUCAUGAAGGUGUAGUAUCAUUUUCAUUAAACUAAAUAGAAUGGUAUACCAAUGACCUCUUAAUUACAAUUUUGAUUUGACUGCAAAACUUUUUCCUCCUCUAUGAGGAGAUGGUGUCUGCUUUAAGCUGUAAUGUUUUGCCAUGUUGCAAAAAGCCAUAAUAAUAAAUUAAAUAAUAAAAAAGCUUUUUCCUUUUCAAUUUCGUGUUAAUCUGGUUUGUCUAUCCACCAGAGACAGAUCUUAUAACUGUGACAAGCCUCCUUAUGCAGGUCUAUCAUUAUUUGAUAGAAUGUCUUCUAAAAUACUUUACUCACAUUUUAAUUCAAAUUAGAAUGUCAUCCCAGAAGGGUCAUCUCCUCUUGACCUCAUUUCAUUGGAUCCAUGGUAUAUUUUUGUUGGUCACUUAUAUUAGUGUUUCCUAAUUUGGGAAUUAGUUCUCAGGGUUUACUUUAAAUGCCCUGUGUCAUCUCUGAAUCAUGUACUGGUUAAUUUCUUCCAUUCUCUACCACACAGAGAAGUGAGCUUUCCAGUUUUUCAGAGCUCUGCUGUUAACCGAAUUAUACUUUUUAAAGGGAAAUUGUAUAACUUUUAGUGUGUUAGCUUUUGCUUUUAUCUGAAUAUAUGAAGAAAUUGGGGCUCUCUCUGAAGAGAGGGUGAGUAUUUCAUAUGGUUUUUUGUUUGCAUUUCAUCUUUAAUUCUUUUUUCUCGAAAAAAAGAAACCAUUACAUUUCGUUCAGGUUUUUCAGAUUUGAAAAGAGCCCUUUCUCAAAUGUAGUAAAUUAUUUCAUCUCAGUUUAUGAAA